CGACAGAUGAAAACAUCAGUGUUGGGUGCUAAAGCCCGGCUGAUUCCUGCCACAAUCAGGAAGAUGUUUACCAUCCUACUGCCUUUUUCCAAUAAACACGGAUCAAACAGUUAGUGUUUACUGCAUCUCUAGGUAGCUAAAGCCCAUUUUGUGUUACAGUACCCUUUUUGGUUCUCUGAAUUCAAGAAGGAGAAAAUGAACGGCUUGUCCAUCAGCGAAUUGUGCGGUCUGUUCUGUUGUCCACCCUGUCCGAGCCGGAUUGCAGCGAAGCUGGCCUUCCUGCCUCCUGAACCCACCUAUGCCCUCCUGCCAGACCUGGAGUCCUCUUCUCCUGUUACCUCUAACCUUGGAGCCUCGGGUUUGCGCUCUCGCUUGGGUGGAAAUGCUGGAGGUACCGCAGGAGGAGGUGGAGGUGGUAGCGGUGAUGGUGGUGGAGGAGGAGGAGGUGGUUUUGCUGACAGAAGUGGUGAAGGCCGAUGGAAGCUGCAUCUGUCUGAGCGAGCAGAGUUCCAGUACUCUCAGAGGGAGCUGGACGGCACAGAGGUCUUUCUCACUCACUCCAGCCGUGGAAAUAGAGUAGGCUGUAUGUACAUCCGCUGUGCCCCGUCCGCAAGGUACACUGUGCUGUUUUCUCAUGGUAAUGCUGUGGAUCUCGGUCAGAUGAGCAGCUUCUAUAUUGGUCUGGGCACUCGCAUCAACUGCAACAUUUUCUCUUACGAUUACUCCGGUUAUGGGGUCAGCACAGGGAAACCCUCGGAGAAGAAUCUGUAUGCAGACAUUGACGCUGCAUGGCACGCUUUGCGCUCAAAGUACGGCAUCAGCCCGGAGAAUAUAAUCCUUUAUGGGCAGAGCAUUGGCACUGUGCCCACCGUGGACCUGGCAUCUCGUUAUGAGUGUGCUGCUGUGGUACUUCACUCACCUCUCACCUCGGGCAUGAGGGUUGCGUUCCCUGACACCAAGAAGACCUACUGCUUUGACGCCUUCCCAAACAUCGAGAAGGUGUCUAAAAUCACAUCUCCUGUGCUGAUCAUCCACGGGACGGAGGACGAAGUGAUUGAUUUCUCUCAUGGUCUGGCCCUGUUCGAGCGCUGCCCGAAAGCAGUGGAGCCGCUGUGGGUUGAAGGAGCGGGUCAUAACGACAUCGAGCUCUACAGCCAGUACCUGGAACGUCUGCGCAGGUUCAUCAGCCAGGAAGUGGCUACGCAGUAAAAGCUGGGACACUUUUUCUUUUUGUGCUUGCGUCAAUAAAUAGUCGGCCAUGUGUGGAAAGCAAACACACCGAGUUAUUUCUGGAGGGUUUGUUUUUCUGUAGAUGUGCCGGCUGUUUGGUUUCUAUCAGCCUGGAGCUGAGUUUUCUACUGAGAAGUCUGAAGGUUUCACACGGAGAAGAUCUGGAUGUGUGAGCGUCGGGUCUCAGGAAGGACCUCAGUCCAUCUGAGGCGCUCGCUCACUUGAUUUGGCUUGUGAUUUAUUAUGAUUCUUUUUCUUUGUGAUUUAGGACGACUGAAGUGUCAUUUUGAACAUGACUAAUAUCUAAUAUCUGGUAAUGAAA